AUGGACGGGAGCCGCGGCUUCUUCUCCGCCGCCGCUGGGUCAACGCCCACCACUGGUGCUCCCCCAGGAAUUUCCAACGCCGGGGCCACCCGCGCCAGACCCGUUAGUGCGGGCACGCGGCUUCGUCAGAAGCCCGCGAACGCCGCAGCUCACCAGGAUUUCUUUGCGUCACUGGGUAUCGACAACGCGUCGCGUAGCCGCACAGGAAGCAGCGCUAGCACCAGCAGCAACCGCAGUUAUAAUAGCAUGACUAUGCGACCGGCGUCCGCUUCGGCCCAGGGAUCAUCUGCAUCCUCGUCAUCCGGGUGGAGGCCGCCACCUAUUGGCGGAUUAGGCAGCCAGCGGGCGCCCCCGCCCCCGCCCAUGCCCUCGGUUGGAUCUCUGAGUAUUGCAGGUAUCAACAAGAAUGUUAUGACGACGACGACAAACUCGACGACGACGAGUAUUAGUGGCGGAAGAUUGAACGUGACAGGAGUGGCUAGUACGGCCGUUCCGGCUCCUCCAGUUCCUAUUACUGCUAGUUCAAGCGUAAAGACAAGUACUACGACGAGUACUACAACGACUGGAUCCAAGCCGACGCAACUGUUCUCGAUGGAAGACGCUGAAGAUCUGUACAGUGACGACGGAUGGAACUGCGACUCGCCCUCGACGGUGCUUUCGAAUCCAACCGACGAUGCCGAAGCUAAACCGACAACGACUCCGGCGCUAGCGGCUGCAGCAGCUGCAGCCGCGGAAGCUCCGGCGGACGAGUUUGCGUGGGGAGAUGAUGACGAUGCAUUCGCGUCGCCUGUUGCGAAGACGACAGCCCCGCCUACGCAGCCACCGCCUUUAGAUAUCUCGAGUGCAACUGCGACUCAAGCACCUGUUGCUAGUGCAUUUGAGACGAACUUGGAAACCAGCAUGCCGCCGCCAUCAGCCCCACCGGCAGCGAGCUGGAGUAAUGAGCUGGAAACCAAGAGCUUCAACGCUGCUCAGAUGCCCGUGCAGGAGAUGAAAUCGCCUUUUGAGCAAGCCCAUAUUCAGUCAACGCCCCCGCCUCCUGCUGCAGUGCCGCCGACUUCGUUUUCUACCCAGGUGACUCACACCACAUUUGACACGAAGAGCUACACUGCUACACAGGUGCCACCUCAGGAAGCAAGAUCGGCGUUUGAACACGCUCAUGUUGAAUCUCCGCCGCGUCCUGCAACUACAUACAUGCGGGAAACUGGACGGUACAGCAACCAAAGAUCAGUUCCUGGAACGCCGGACAACUACAGCCAGCAGUCCGCGACAUCAGCAUUUGCAAACAGUCCAGCUCGACCACCACAGCGGGAACACCUAUCCGGCAGCCGGCAGUUUGGGCAAGGCUCGACGGCUGGAACUCCAAGUAAGUACAACCACCAUUCUGCAGCAGAAGUCUUUGGAAGUGCAAGCCCGGCGCGACCCCACUACGAGCAAAACGCUGCGAGAGGACUUGGCGGCCACACACGUUCAUCGUCGGGAGCAUCUGCUGAUGCAUUCUUUGGGCGUUCAUCUGUGUCGUCAGGAUCAGUUUACCAGCAGCCACCGGCGCAGACUCACGCCCAACCUUCAUUUUCGCGGAGCGCGAGUAACGCGUCGUCUUAUGCGGAGCAGCAAGGUGCACACGGGUCAGCAACUGCAACCGCGAUGCGAUCUACAACGCAGUCGCAUGACUUGAACACGUCCUUCGGCUCAGUUGAUAAUGUGAGCUUGUCGCGUCAAGCUUCAAGCUCUUCAAUGAGCCGAUAUGAAAGCGACACGUCUUUCCAACUCCAGAAGAAUAUGCAGCAUCGUGAAGAACCAGCGGUGGAUGCGAACUCGUUCUUUGGUGGAACCUCUGCGACCGAAGCAACAGCGUCAUCGUUCUUCGGGUCGGCUUCGCAGGGCUCGUCGGAAAUGCACACGACGCAGCAUCAGGACUCCAGUCUGCCUGGCGCUCAGCCUGCACAAGAAUUUGCUCCCGCUCCGGAGCAGAUGCAGGAACAGCAGCAAAUGUACCCAGAAGCUGACCACGCUGGCAGUGAGUACGUCGGUGCGAGUACAGCAGCGCCUGCAGCACCAGUUACUGAAGCGAGCUUAACGGCGGAUGUCACAGCGACAAGCGGUGUGCCUGCUAUGCCGAGUGACAUGGGACAGCAUGACGCUAGCAAUGUUGGUCAAUACCCUUCCACUGCUACUGAUGUCAAUGCUGGAUAUUCAUCAACAAGCGCUGUGGAACAAGAGGCGUCGCCGUUUGCGAACGACCAAGAUGGUAGUCAACCCCAAGCAUUCGACGGUUUUGCUGGUUCAGCCCCACAAGAGUUUGGCGGACAGCGCUCUUCGUCCAACUUCUUUUCAUCCUCGGCACCGACGCAGGCAGAGGCUCGGGAUUCAUCGAAUCAAUUCGAGCAGACGGGAUACCAUCAGCAGGAGCAGACGCACGGUGCUGCAGCGGCCGGGAUGCAGUUCGCAGAAACCCACUCGUCAUACCAGCACACCAGUGCUGGCACUGAUACUUCGUAUGCGGCUCACACUGGAAGUUAUUUCGACUCAAGUGCUCCUGGA